AUGAUUUGCAAGCCACGUGUUACAAGAAAAGGUGUUGUACUUCGUGAAGUUCCCGUUCCUGUUUCCCCAUCAGCAAAGAAACGCAAAGCCGAAGAUGUGGCCAAACACAUUUCCAAGAAACAGAAAAAGAAACUUCGAAAGUUGGUGAUUAAUGAUGAAUCUAUAGAAGAAGACGCUAUUCAGGAUCCUCCGCCUCAAGGUACUCCUAUUGUUGUUUCUUCUCUCUUCGUAACUUCAACCAUUAGCACUUCCACCAACUUACCUCCAUUUGUUACUACUUCACUUGACACCAACUCACCCACUUUCGAUAAUAUUCUCAAUCAACCUAUUACUUCAUUAUUUUGUUCACAAUCUACCGAACCCCUGGUUACUCAUGAAGAAGCUCAUACUUCAUCUGAUGAUGAUAAGAAUGUUUUUGGUGCCACUUUUGGAGAUAUUCAGUUUGAUACAGAAAAAGAGGAUAUUCUAGAUAAUAUAAUUCUUACAGGUAAACAAUUCAAAAUCCUGAAUUGGAAGCUCAAUUAUUUAUUAAAAAUUCAAGCCGAUGGAGGAGGGAAACAUUCGGUAUCAAAUCUUGAAGUUGAUCUUAUGCUCAAACAACAAGUAGGUCGUCUUUGUGAUGCAAUUUAUGAUGUUUACAGAAAUAAUGAGAAACGAGUGAAGAAUCAAUUAUCUACGUUCUCUUUAGAUCUCAGAGAGCUGAAAGAUGUUGCGAAUGAAUGUCACAUCUUGUUCAUUCAAGAUCUCAAGAAGGUUAGGGAGGAUGUGAACUUAAAAAUUCAAGAACUUCGAGACGAUAUGAGCAAGUUAUGA